AAAGCGGUCUCUGUGUGUCAAUUUGAUUCUGACUGGCCUGUAACGCCCCCUCCUCCCUCCUACCAUGACAAAACCCUUGAUAAGAUGAUGAUCAAUAUUUGGAAUGAGCGGCACCAACGUGAUGAAGACAAAACUUUCGCUUCGAGGGAUACCUUUGAAAGAUUGUCAAAGGAGAGAAACGGAGCUAACACAUCUGAAUUCUUUUGCACUGAAAGAGCCCAGUCACUAACUCACCAUGCCCCCUGCGGCCACAAAUAACCUGGGGUACACCCCACCAGAUGGAGGCUGGGGCUGGGCUGUGGUCUUUGGUGCCUUCAUUUCCAUCGGGUUCUCCUAUGCCUUUCCCAAAUCUCUCACCAUCUACUUCAAGGAGAUUCAGAUGUAUUUCAGUGUCUCCUACAGUGAGAUUGCAUGGGUGUCCUCAAUCAUGCUGGCUGCCAUGUACGCAGGAGGUCCAGUGAGCAGUAUACUGGUCAACCGCUAUGGUUGCCGACCUGUGGUUAUCAUUGGUGGGCUCAUGGUUGGGGCAUCUAUGGUUGCUGCUUCCUUUGGCACUACGAUUAUACAUCUGUAUUUAUUAGUUGGAGUCAUUGGAGGUUUUGGCCUCUCUUUCAACCUACAGCCUUCCCUUACAAUCAUAGGAAAGUACUUCCAGGUGAAAAGGCCAAUGGCAAACGGCCUGGCCAUGGCAGGAAGUCCAGUAUUCCUCUCCACUCUGGCUCCACUCAAUCAGUUCCUGUUUGAUAACUUUGGAUGGAGGGGAGCCUUUAUGAUCCUGGGAGCCAUAGUGAUGAACUGCUGCGUUGCUGGGGCCCUGAUGAGACCCGUUAACAUGAAAACAGUCCAAAAACAUCCUGUUACAGCCUCCAAAGGAACAACUGCCAAGAAGGCUGGGUCCACUGAGAACAAUGCUAACCCUGAGGCAGGGGACCUUCUAACUGAAACAGAGCAGAAGCAGAAGAUAGGUGGCUGUGCAGACAAAUUAAUGGAUCUCUCUCUCUUUAAACACAGAGGCUUCAUCAUCUACCUCAUAGGCAAUGUGGUCAUGUUUUUUGGCUUCUUUGCUCCAGUGGUCUUCCUCCCCUCAUAUGCAAAAGGUAUUGGGAUUGAUAACUACCAGGCCGCUUUCCUUCUCUCCAUCUUUGCCUUCGUGGACAUGUUUGCCAGGCCAGGGACUGGCCUCAUCGCCAACACCAAAUGGAUCAGGCCCAGGAUCCAGUACUUCUUCAGUUUCUCUGUGGCAUACAAUGGUGUGUGUCACCUCCUCUGCCCGUUUCUUGCGGGAUACCUGGGGUAUGCAGGCCUGGUGGUUUAUGCUUUAUUCUUUGGUGUGGCGUUUGGGAUGGUGUGUGCUCUGCUCUUUGAGGUCCUGAUGGAUCUGGUGGGAGCACAGCGGUUCUCAAGCGCUGUAGGACUGGUCACCAUCCUCGAGUGUGGCCCUGUGCUUUUGGGUCCCCCAAUUUCAGGGUUUUUGGUGGAUGUCUUUGAUGACUACAAAUACAUGUAUUGGGCAUGUGGUGUCAUGAUGCUGGCACCUGGCAUCUUUCUCUUCAUCAUGAACUACUUCAAUUACAAACAACUGGACCAGGAGGAGAGGGAGAGACAGAGUGGAGCCAUUGGGAUGCAAUCUGUUAAGCAGUCUGUAGCGGAGGAGGCAGAAGCAAGGGAGAAGGAGAUGAAAAUGACGAAGGAUGAGGAAAUGGCAGAAGGGACAGGGGACUAAGGGGUUUGUUAAUGGGUUCAUGUUGAUGUUUAUUUUUCAGACCUGGGUUCAAAUAUUAUUUCAAAUAUCUCAAUUACUUUCACAAACAUUUCAAAUUAAGUAUUCAGAUAUUUUUUAUUUGAAAAGAUAAGUAGUUUAAUAUUGGAAUGUACUUGGAAAUAGAAUUGGAAAGUUUUGGCAUGUAUUUGAAAUUACUCAAAUACACUGACACAAAUACACUUUAACCCAGGUAUUUGGGUUAAAAUACUUUCAAAUAAUAGGCUAUUUAUAGGAAAUUAUUUGAAAAUACUUUCAAAUAGUUCCCAUAAUAGUAGUUGACGUGUAUUUGAACCCUGGUAUAUUUGGAAAUUUUAUAUUUUUUAUAUAUAUGUUAGUGUUGAGGUUGUUGAAAUAUUUGUCUCAUACUCUGUUUGCCAAAUAAGCAAUCAUGUCUUUACCCAAAGGCAUUGUAAAUACAAUAUGAUUCUUGCAAAUAAAAUGGAACAAGUUCAUCAGUA